GUUUUAUUAUUUCUGCAAUAUAUAUAUAUAUAUAAGGCCCCAAGUUUCUUUGGUUUCAGCGAUUAGGGUUUUACGCUGCUUGUGUGCCUCAUCCUCCAUCACCUCCUCCGAGCUCUACACAGAAGAACGCAGCCAUGGGGAAGACACGUGGAAUGGGAGCUGCUCGCAAGCUGAUGUCCCACCGCAGAAGGCAAAGGUGGGCUGACAAGUCAUACAAGAAGUCCCAUCUUGGAAAUGAAUGGAAGAAGCCUUUUGCUGGCUCAUCUCAUGCCAAGGGAAUUGUCCUUGAAAAGAUUGGUAUUGAGGCUAAGCAGCCCAACUCUGCUAUUCGUAAGUGUGCCAGGGUUCAGCUCAUCAAGAAUGGGAAGAAGAUUGCAGCAUUUGUCCCCAAUGAUGGUUGCUUGAACUAUAUUGAAGAGAACGAUGAAGUCUUGAUUGCUGGAUUUGGACGAAAAGGUCAUGCUGUUGGUGAUAUUCCUGGUGUCAGGUUCAAGGUUGUGAAGGUCUCUGGUGUGUCUCUUCUUGCCCUUUUCAAGGAGAAGAAGGAAAAGCCAAGGUCUUAAAUUUGUAGAAUGCUUCUUUGUUUGCAUUAGUGUUUCUGGAGUAUUAUGAAUUUUGUUUUGAGGUGAAUGCAUUUGAUGGACAAUUUUGUAUCUUUUCUAGCUUUAUCACUGAACUUAAUCAUUUUAUAUUUUAGUAAGAUCUUACCCUGCC